AUGGACAAAUUAUUGACUUGGCCGGCCACAGGUUAUCUGUUCUCGGUAUUCCUUAUAGCUACCAUUGGAAUUUCGUUCAGUGCAAACUUAGAAUUGCGCAUUCGAGGAGUGAGUAUCGAGCAUCUUGAUGCCCCAUCUUCACUUUGGUGGGUUGUCAGCAGACAUCAUCGUUAUCUGAACAUCUCCGCCUGGAAAUCGUUGUUCUUGUUGACGUAUUCACAUCCCACGCUCCCCAGACAGACCAAAGUCGCAAUGGAGUCCUCUCGUGCAUCGGAGAGAAGGCGCUGCUGUGCAAUGACGCCUCUUGGCUUCUCGCGGUCUCCCAGCAGCUCUCCUCUCGAUGAUUCUGACCUCGAAGACGAAAACAACGACACUCUCGGUACAGAUAACGUGUGGGUCGAUGUUGACGCGGUUUUUCCCCCGGCGCCGGCCACUUCACCGACGCGAGGCGAUGAUGAGCUUGCCGACGUUGGAAUGGCCCGCCUUCCGGCUCCCCACCCCUCUGUCGAACAUGACGAGAACAGUUUAAAAACUGUCGACAGCGCGGAUUCUACCCCAAUUCCAACCAACGUGCGAUCGAAAGGUUCCAAGAGUAAUGCCGAUCUGGGCGGCUAUUAUUUCAGACAGGUUAUGCACCUCCUUGAGAGGAAGCACCAGGACAUCAUGUUCUAUGAAGACGUUGAGAACCACAGCAUCAUGCAUCUGGAUUGGGCAAGCGAAGUUAGAGACAUCCAAGAGACUCAAGCUUCCCGCAACCACAAAUCUGAGGAGGGGACUGGUCUUGCUUCUAAGCUGGAGUGGGGCAAAACUCUGUUCUUCGGUGACUGGUUAUAUGCCGACAACGGCCAGCGAGAGUAUUACAUGGAGAUCCAGAUCAAGCACGUCUCUGGUGAUGAUGACCAAGUCAUUCGAAACUUGGGAAUGAACCCCAACGAAGUUUGGAUUGGUAUGGGAUGCGCGAAGGACACUCCGGCCCCGGGUGGUGAUAAGCGCUCGCUUUCUUCGAACAGCAGCAAAAUGUCUGCUGUGCAGCCUAAGAAGCUUCUUCUCUCGUCACUUGCCGGCACCCAUUCUGGGUUUCCUUCAAGUCCCUCAGAAGAGCGUGGCAGCGAGGAGCUUGAAGACAUUGCGACACGGGCCUUGACUAAGAUGAGCAGGCACAGACCUUUGCCGACUACUCCUACCAACACCUCGUCGUCUGCACACAACAAUCAUGGAGAUGCUACCCCCAAAACUGUUCACGUCGGAUCCGAAGAUAUCGACCUCUGCAGCCCUAAUGCCACUGUCAACUCUCCCUCUGAUUCUCGUUGGACACCACUCAACUUAUCUAGUAGAAUCGCAGCCACCUCCAAGUCUGAACAAGACGUUGCGGCCGGCCCGUCGACAGAUCAAGCUCCGCCAUCACCGCGUCCAGCUUUUGCGCAACUCUUUGGUUCAAGAUCGCCCCAGCUCGAGUCUGAUCGCCCCAUCGGCACAGGUAUUCCCCGCAGCAAGCCCCUUGUUCCUCAUAGCACCAGCUUUGACAGCAUCGAUGAUGAGGGCGACAUCACCAUGAGCGAUGACAAUGUGGGUGAAACCGGAGAUAACGGCGGAGGCGAAACCUAUGAAGGUGACACUACCCAAAGCGAGAUCGUCAUUCCCGGGACUCCCUCGCGUUCACCCUCCCCUCCGUCUUCUCCCAUUAAAUAUUCGCCCGACAGCGAUCAACAUCAGAUGGCGGAAUCCUCAACUUCCAAGGAGAACCAGAACUCUCGGGACACUCAUCACUCACUUAGGGAUUCCCUUACUCCCGGCCACAACACCCUCAACCGCCUCUGCACUCCUGAGCUGAACGGUUCCUUUGCCGCUCGCAAGAAGCGCUCCUCUAUCUACACAGUCCGCGUGGUAGCCUUCUCCACGGAGCUUUCUCAAAACGAGAACGGCUUUAGCGGACCACCUUCUUCGCAGCGACACGCCACUCUGCUCGGUCACGGCGGAUGGGUUUGCCCACCCUUUGAGGAGCGCGUGGCCAAAUGGAUGGCUGACUACGGCCAUUUGCCCCUUAGCUGCUCCGCCAUUCCGGAGCACGAGAAGAAGCAGCACAACAACCCGCCGCAGACACGCUGCCGUGCGCUGCCGGUCAUGUUUGACGGGUCCGUCGACGACCCGCCGAGGUACUACGGCGAGCCGGCGCCCGUGUGGUGGGAGCUUGGCGAUCCGUGCCUUGAAGACGUGUACUGGAUGGUCUGGCAGCUGUUGAGUGGCAAGCAGUUCAUUGGUUUCAAACGCGGUACUGGAUUCGGUUUCCCUAGAACUCAUACCAGCGGUGACGAUGCACUCUUGGAGAGAUGCCCGUUUAAGAGUCCGAGCGGAGAGGCUGGAGUUGGAAGUCUGGUCAAGGGGGAGGAGAUCAGGCUGAGAAAGAUGCGUGCGGAUAAGGAGAAGAAAGAAUGGGAGGGCAUGGUGAACCUUAAGGGGGGCGAGGAGUAG